AUGUUGGAGCUAAAUUUGUCCUCUCGUCUCGUCCCGCUUGUUUCCCUGCUGGCGGCCCAUAUGCCCAAUGCAGUACCUCACAUCAGGAUCUGCAGCACUUUUCUGCCGGCCAUCGUCGCGUUUGGUCAGCCCUCUGCGGAGGAAUCGGAGUCGAGAAGUGAAAAGAAUCCAGGGGAAACCCGGACUUUAAUUAUAUUCUACCUGCAGGACACUAAAAGCAGCAAUGGGACGUUCAUCAACAGCCAGAGGUUGAGUCGCGGCUCGGAGGAGAGUCCGCCCUGCGAGGUUCUCUCCGGCGACAUCAUUCAGUUUGGCGUCGACGUCACUGAGAACACCCGCAAAGUCACUCAUGGCUGCAUCGUGUCAACAAUCAAACUCUUCCUACCUGAUGGGAUGGAGGCACGCCGACGAAGCGAUGUCAUCCAGACUCCGUUACCACUACCUGUAGACAAGGUUGCAGCCAACACUCCCAGUAUGUAUUCUCAGGAACUGUUCCAGCUCUCCCAGUAUCUACAGGAGGCCUUACACAGAGAGCAGAUGUUGGAGCAGAAGCUUGCCACUCUGCAGCGUCUGUUAGCCAACACUCAGGAGGCCUCAGAGAGCAGCUGGCAGGCUCUGAUCGAUGAAGACCGUCUGCUCUCCCGACUGGAGGUGAUGGGCAGUCAGCUACAGGCUUACUCUAAGUCCCAGACGGAGGAAGGGAUGCGUAAGGAGCUUUUGGCUCUUCAGGAGGACAAACACAACUAUGAGACGACAGCGAAGGAAUCUCUGAGGAGAGUGCUGCAGGAGAAGAUCGAGGUGGUCAGGAAGCUGUCAGAGGUGGAGCGCUCGCUCAGCAACACAGAGGAUGAGUGCACCCACCUGAAGGAGAUGUCUGAGAGGGGCCAGGAAGAGCUGAGGGAGCUCGCCAACAAGUAUAAUGCCGCAGUCAACGAGAUCAAAGAACUCACUGACAAAAUUAAGGCGGCAGAGGGCCGGCAGGAGGAGCUGACCCAGCGGGGAGCAACGGAGAAGAGGGAGUUGGAGCUGCGGAUUGAGGAGAUGGAGGAGAAGGAGCAGGUUCUCCAGGCUCGCAUCGAAGCUCUGCAGGCUGACAACGACUUCACCAACGAGAGGCUCGCCGCUCUGCAGGUGCGGUUAGAACAGCUACAAGAGAAAAGCAUUAAAGAGAACAACAGUCUGGAUGUCGACAUUGUCUCCCACGGACCGGUAGAGGAGCCUGUCGAGGACAAACAAAGCCUGCAGACACCUGAGAGCCAGGAAGAAGACGUGGAUGAGGACGAUACUGACACAGAUGAUGGUGCAGUUGGUGAAGAUGAAGAUAUUCAUGACAACUGUCAUGUUAACAACAGCGGAGGAGACUCGACUAGAAUCCAACAGUUGAUUGAGUGUCCGCCGGUCAAACAGCUGAAGGAGACUGUGAGCUCUUCAAUCCACAAACUGACCAACUUUGAUGAAGUGAUGGACGCCCACCUACAGAACAACCAGACGGCAGAAGACGACAUCCUGGCCAGCCCUGAUCGACUCAAAGGAAAUCAGAUGGAUGCCAAAGAGUCAGACAUGUCAGACACUCUGAGUCCCAGCAAAGACCGCAGCAGUGACGAUACGUCAGAUGGCAACAUGGACGACCAGGAGCUGAAUGAACCGCAGAACAGAGUAGCUCUGCUCAAAGCUGAGUUGCAUCGGGCCGGUCUAGAGCCUGGAGACACGGAGCAGGUCAUCCACCAUCUCCACAGAGAGCUUCUGGAGGCCCAGGAAUUAGCCAACACUGGCAAGCAGAGAUGUCUGGAGCUACAAGCUCUGCUGGAGGACGAGAGGAGGAACAACUCUCAGCAGACUGAAGAGUCGACCAAACAGAUCCAGUACCUGCAGACUCAACUCGGGAAGCUGCAGGCCGACAUGGAAGCACUUAGGGAACAGAGGGAGAGCACCAUCUGCACCACCAGAGAGGAGCUCUACUUUUUUCAGGUUAUUGAGAUUCUCGUCCUGCGGCACGCCAUGGAGGCAGCCACGGCAGAGCGGGAGCGGGAGAUCGCCGCCCUGCAGUCCGACCUGGGUAGCGUGCGAUCUGAGCUGGAGCACUGGAGGAACACGGCCGCCAAGUACGAGGAGGAGAUCAGUCGGCUGCAGGAGGCCUUCACACAGCAGCAACAGCAGCAGAACACCACCACCCAGCUGCAGGCGGAGUGUGUUACGUUGCAGCAGCGGUGUGUGUGUUUGCAGCAGGACUGUGACGGCCUGAGAGCUGAACGGACAGCUCUUACGGACAAACUGCACCGCCUGGAGACUGAGCUGAGCAGCACCAGGGAGCAGAGUCAGGUCCUCAGCAGCAGUCUGGUGUCUCUGGAGAAGAGGGAGGAGGUCCUACAGGACAAACUGGGUUCUCUGGAGAAUCAGCAUCUGCAGGACGCAAGCAGGCUGAAGACUCAGCUAGACCAGGCCCAGGCCCACACACACACACUGCAGCUGGAGUAUGAAGACACACAGUCUCAGCUGCUGGACCUCCGUCAGCGCUAUGAGAGAACAGAGAAAGAGAAGCUGAACAUCCACCAGGAGCUGGAGCAGUGCAGGAGCAGCCUGAAGCUGCUGCAGGACAAGACCAGCUCGAGCGGCUGGAGCCCCUGGAUGCCGGUCAUCGCAGUGAUGGUCGCCGUGACGGCAGCCGUCCUCUACCCCAACCUCUCCAAGAGCAGCUCCACUUAGGACACACACACAAACACACACACACGCACACAAGCACACACACACACAGAGAGCGCUGUGAGGAGAGCAUCACUGCUUUACUUGUAUAAAGUCUAAUUGUACAUAAUUGUAGAGGGAAUAUAAAGGUUGUGGUUUCUACAGAGGAUUCAGAUUCUUCUUGGUUUAUUUUGUUUUUGUGUGUUUUUUUUUUUUUUGCGGCCGAGAGUUUUGUUGUCGUUUUUAUUCGUGGCUCUCUCUCAGCUGUGGUGGGGGCUUUUUUGGUUUUCGUCUCUCUGCUGAUUUCUGGGUAACAAAAGCGUUCUCCAGCAGGGCCGAUCUUCCUCGCAAAAAAACCCCAAACCUGCCAAAGGUGACGUUCACACGCGUCCCGUCGUACACGAGCGGAACGGGUGUGAACGCAACACUUUCCAGCCGCCUCAGUCCAGUCAGGGGAACAUGAUCCACACUCAUCACUGAAAACUGGCAGGUCAGCACACCGAUUGAUAGAUUUCAUCGGCUACUGGAAUCUGUUAGCAGGCUGUGUUUAUCUGUAGCUCUGUCAGAAGUGGUUGGACGGACCUGGCUGUAGUCAGUCUGUUUCACCUUCAUCACUGAGGAUAGUUCUUCAGUAUCUUUACUGAGGAUGGACCUACAACGUGCUCGCCUUCUCCAUAAUUCAGCUUUAAUUUUACUCUUUCAGAUCUUCAGACCAGCUCUGUGCUUUCACAUGCCUGCGGAAAUGUCUCUUUGACAACUUCAGUAAUGGUCUGUGCUUCCUUCUUGAGCAAUAUGAUGUACAUUUAGCUAACUUUUGCUAAUAUUUGAUGCUAUUGAAGUCUAAAUCCUUAAAUUUGGCAGUUUUUCCUGUUUUUAAAAACAUUUCUGGCCGGUGCAGUUUGUUAAUGUGGCAUUUGACUUUGAGGUAAUAUUUUAUACUUGCACCACUAAGGUACAGUAAGAACUAUAACGAUAGCGGCCCUCAAGUUUUUUACCAACUCUUGAGACUCUUAUUCUUUAGUGGGGCCGUCAAGUUUUAUUACCUUUAAUAUUCCUGUUGAUGUUUUGCCUACAAUGGUGUAUAUUCUUAAACAAAUGUGUGUUUGAUCAGUUUAUCACAAACUAACUGACAUACAGAAAAUCUGAGGAAAAUGAUAACCGGUCAAACUAACGUCACUUUCUUCUACAGCUGCAGCUUCGAUUAUUACCGUAAGAUUUCAGUCUUUCAGCUCAAACAUUUGUUUGGUCUCAAAGAUCUUUAAGAAAAUAUUGACAAAUACUCAUCACAGUUUCUCAUAAAUCAAGUUAAUUUCUUAAAAUGUCUUGUUUUGUCCGACCAUCGGUCCAAAACCUGAAAAAGUCUAAUUUACUAUCAUACAAAGAAAAGCAACAAAUUUUCACAUAGAAGAAGCUGGAACCAGGUAAUGUUUGUCAAUUCAGCUUGAAAAAUGACAAUUAAGCUAAUUAAAAUAUAAAAUCAUUUUAAAUUGACUAAUCAUUGCGGCUCAAAUAUAAACAAACAAUAUUCCCAGAGAGAGAGGGGUCAGUCCCACCCUCCUCUCUUUAUUAUUGACUGGAUAUUGUGUUGUGUUCAUUGAAAAAUAUUCCUUGUUAAUUAAAAUCCGAAGGAGAUAUUUUGAGAAAGUGACGUCCGUGUCGUAUUCUAGCAUCAGUUUCUGGGCAUUGUGGGUUAAUCCCACCCUGUUUACGUUAAACACAGUCCCACUAUAGGGACAGCUUUCAGCUCUAUAUGUCACUAUAGUAAUAAAGUGAAUCCACAUUAAAAUACUGCGUUGGUACGUUCAGACUGUUGGAGCACAAGUGAAGCACAAACAGUGACUGAGCGCCACCUGGAUCAGUGUUGUCGUUAACCGAGUCGGCUGGGAAGUGUUCACGUAAAGGCGGUUUCAGGAAGUCCUGCUCUGUUCGGGUUUUAUUCGGCCAUGUUGGAUGUGUAACAUGGUGUUUUCUCUGUUUUGUUUUUAUUCGUUUUCAGGGGAGUUUGGGUCGGGGUUGAAACUUGAAGCCAAAUUAUUAAAAUAAAAAUCUGAUUUAUUUUCUU